GACAAGAUACCUAAGUCCUUACCAAUAAACGAAAUCAAGAUGCCGGAGUUCAUUAGCGUCACCUUCCCCAACGCGUCAACGGAGAUAAAUCCGUUACCAAAUGCUGCCAUCGAUCCGAAUUAUCUUAUUCGAUAUGCUCGGACUCUAGAUGACUACGGCUUCAACUAUACGCUCGUACCGUACGACUCAUCUUCGUUUGAUCCUUUCACCAUAGGAGCAACAAUCCUGUCCGUGACGAAACAGAUCAAGGUUAUAAUAGCACUUCGCCCGAAUACGGUCCCUCCCACCGUUGCGGCUAAGUCACUGGCAACCCUCGACCAACUAGGUGGUGGACGUGUGGUUGUCCAUCUUAUUGCCGGAGGCAGUGAUGCGGAACAGGCAAAGGAAGGCGAUUUCUUGACCAAAGAUCAACGCUAUGGACGUCUCGAAGAUUAUAUCCGCAUCUUACGGCGCGCAUGGGAGUCAGCCGAACCAUUCGAUUGGGAUAGCCAGUACUUCAAGUUCAAACAAUUUAGCAAUAGAGUACGACCAACUAAUAAGACUAUCCCGGUUUCUGUCGGUGGUUCAUCCGACGAGGCAUAUCGUAUCGGUGGCUCGCUUGGUGAUAUUUUUGGACUUUGGGGAGAACCCCUAAAGGAGACCAAGGAGCAGAUUGAACGCAUCUAUGCUGAGGCCGAGAAGGCAGGUCGCACUGAUCGUCCUCGGAUUUGGGUGACGUUCCGUCCUAUCGUGGCUGAAACCGAUGAUCUUGCAUGGGAAAAGGCACACCGAACCCUCGAUGCACUGACCGUCAAUCGUGCAAAUGGGCAAGGAAAAGUUCCCCCUGUUGCGCCUCCACCGCAGAAUGUUGGAUCUCAACGUUUACUUGAGAUUGCUGCUCGUGGAGAGGUUCAAGAUCGAGCCCUGUGGUAUCCUACUGUGACUGCAACUAAUGCACGAGGAGCGUCAACGGCGUUGGUCGGUUCUCCAGAGACUAUUUCUGAGUCUAUUUUGGAUUAUAUUAAGCUUGGUGCUGAUCUUAUUUCUAUUCGUGGAUACGAUAACCUGAAUGAUGCUAUCGACUAUGGUCGUUAUAUCUUGCCUAGAGUCCGGGCUUCACUCAGCGCAUUCCGUGACUUACACUCUGGGCCAGAAAAGCUGCGCGUAUACCAGAUGUAA